GUUUUUCUCAUUUUCCUUCUUUUCCUGGAACCCUUUGCACUGGAAUCCGUAGCGGUUCUUUCUUUCCUUCCUUCCCCCUUCCAUUCUAUUUUGUAGAAUAGUUUUCCUCAUCGUUUUUUCCUUGUGUUUCUCUUCCAAACGAUAAGGCUCACUAAAUAUGAAGCGCGCUUUGCGCACCAUGUGCCCUGGGCAUGGCGCACGCCUUCCUCGAAUCUAUUUCCUCACUGUUCUUCUCUGUGUAGCAGUUAUCGUGCCUCGGUGCGCAGAAGGCGCGGCGGAGACGCAAUGCUACGUAGCCGAAAACGGGACUAGAUUUCUGUACGACAGCAUUCGCGUUGGGGCUGCGUCAUUGGGUGUGACAUGCGCCCCCACCGACAUCACCAGCAGCGAUCCCUCGAACUACCUUACCUCGAACAGAUACCCCGUGGCACUGGUGGCCACCGGCUCAGACGCGCAACUCAGCACCUACGUCACCGCCGUCACGUCCAAAAACAACAGUUUCACCGUCAUGAUCCCUUUUACAGAUGGCACGACCAUGUUCGCGAGUAACACGACCAGCACCUACUUCACCAGCAGCGAACCCGCCACGGAGAUGCUGGCGUUGCUGACGUACGCACUGCGCACGCUGAAUCCGCUCAAAAUCGGCUUCGUGUUCAGCAGCCUCGUCAACAACGCAGUCAGCACCGCCGUUUAUAACGAAUUUGUGCUCCGCAUGAACGGGCUGUCGCGCUCGAGCGAUGUCGUGGCGUACAACCUCGUGACGGACAAACUCGACAAUGAGGCAUUCCCAGCAUUCGUCGAAGUCCUCAAGAGCAGCGCUCGCUCCUGCGUCUUUUUAUUCACCCCGUACGGCGGCGGCACCGCCGCUGUUUUCGAAGCGCUGAUCACCGACAGCAACGUCAAUGCAACCAUUAUGAUGCCAUCGUGGCUGAUGGAGAUGGGUAUUCGCAUUUACACCGAACUCAGUUCGCGCAACACCCCUCAUUUGAAAUCCCCCUCCUUCAUCGUGAUGUCUUCCAGUAACCCACACCCGCAGGACUCACGGUGGGCCGCGAUGAGUACAUUUGCACACGACGUCGGUGCAUCCGCCUUGGUAAGUUACGGAGCCUACACUGCUACCGGGGUGCAGGCCGUCGCCGGCUGGAUUGCAGGAAAACUUGCCGCGAUGUCCCUUCUCCCCAGUUCUCUCCUAUCCCCCUACGUGUAUCAAACGACAUACCAAACGUCUCUGUUUACGCUGCGCAGGUACACGGUGGGCGGCGAUCUUCUUUUGGGUCCCUUCACCAAUACGUGCAACGUUGGUGGCCGCAUGGUGCUGGUGCACUCUUUGGCCGCCAAAGUGGACAAGGCCACCAAUAAGGUCUACUACGGUCUGGACACCAUCACAGACGCGGAUAUGCUGCUGAAGCCCACGGAGUGCCGCGCAGCAGACGUGAAGCUCGACGCCAGCCGUCUCGUGCAGGUGGGCCUGCUGGAUUUUGCGACGUCGGUCAGCGGCACCGGAAACUAUCUUUCCCGUCAGGCUGUGAAAGGCGGGCAGGCAAACACACCGGUCAGCUUCUACUGGCGCUCCCUGCCGAUGAGCGCGGAUGACGACGCGGCGGUUGCCGCCGCAGUCGCGGCUGAUCCUGUGGCGGCGCUGACGGGUCCGAUUCCGAUGCCGCUGAAGAACACGUCUGCGUCCUCGCUGCUUCUCAUCGAGCCCGUGUUCACCAGCACGGCGCUGUGGCAGCGCGACAGCAACGUUGUCUACCUGACGCCGACCAACGAGCAGCAGUGGGGUGCCAUCGCCGCGAUGUUGGCGGAUCUGCCCUCACUUCGCCCUUUGCAUUUUCUGACUCGAACAACUAGGAGUGCGAGCGGCAGCAGCGUGAAUGCGGUGGCAAAGACAGUACUUGACUACGCUGGGUUGGCGAACGUCACUAUCUUCGAAACAACUGAAGGACAAUUCCGUUUCCCAAUCAACGGGGUGAUGGUGCUGAGCGGACUCACGGCAUCCGACAUGCCGUCUUUGGCAGCUCAUAUGCAGUCUUCGAAAAAGUUGUACGCGGUGAUUUUGUUUGACGAGUUCACAGCUCUCUACAGUGAUUUCCAAACGCACUUUCCGGCAACUAAGCUUUCGUCCACAAGCCGAUUGCUGUUCGUGACGAACCUGUCGCACUGGCGCGGAGGAGGAAGCAGUCGGUCAGCGACCGUGCCAGCGUUGACGGAGUCGUUCGUGGCAGCGGUCCCAGAUUCAGCCCAGCAGACCCCCGCCGCACUGCGUGCCUACCUCGCGUCGCGCGUGCUGCAGCAGCUGAGCAGCAGCGUGUCGGUGCCGUCGAGCAGCGCACUCCGAAACGUGUUGUACCAAAAGCAGAUCCUGAACGUGGACGGCCUGCAGCUGGGACCUUUCCAACUCACCAACUGCGAUUACAGCACCACCCUCGACUCUUUCACCUGCCACGAAUUCCUAAAUGCGGGUGCCGCCGCGUUGUACGUGUGGUCGUACGAGCGCGUGAGGGACCCCUCCACUCCUGUAAUGGGCGGGCCUUAUCUGCCACUGUCCUUCCGAAAACUCCCGAAUGAAGCAGCGAGCCCUGGAGAGGCUAAUUCCGCCACAGACAAUGCAAACUCCGCCGCACUGUCCUCGUCGACAUCACCGUCCGCUUCGUCCUCAUCGCCAUCGUCGCCCACAUCGACCUCGUCGUCGUCAUCGUCCUCAUCAUCAGAGGAUUCAACGAACACCACCACAACAUCCGUGGCGCCGCACGACCACGGGGGCUCGAACAGCUCCAGGAACACCACGAUCAUCGUGGUGGUGGUGUGCGCGUACGUGCUGGUGCUCGUCGUCGUGGCGGUGCUGCUGUGGCUGUGCUGCCGCGGCGACAGUCGCGACAACGGCAACGCGCCGAAGGACGCGUCACAGCCGGUGACGUUGAUGUUCACCGACAUCGAGAGCAGCACGGCGCUGUGGGCGAUGGCGCCGCAAGCGAUGGCGGCCGCCAUGGUGAUGCACCACAGCAUGAUGCGCGAGCUCAUCGUGCGCUACAAGUGCUACGAGGUCAAGACCAUCGGCGACUCCUUCAUGAUCGCGUGCGCCGACCCCUUCGCGGCGGUGCAGCUGGCGCGCGACGUGCAGCUGAACUUUUUGAACGCGGACUGGGGCAGCACCACCAUCGACGACACGUACGCGGCGCUGGGCAAGGCGGGUGCGUGCGGUGGCGGCGGUGCGGCGCCGAGGGCGUGGAACGGGCUGCGCGUGCGCAUCGGCGUGCACCGCGGGAUGGCGGAGGUGCGGCUGGACGAGGUGACCAAAGGCUACGAUUACUACGGCGAAACCGCGAACACGGCGGCGCGCACGGAGAGCGCCGGACGCGGCGGCCAGGUGCUGUGCACGUCGAGCGUGGUGGAGGCGCUCACGGCGGAGCAGCGCGGCAUCGUGGAUCUGAUCGCCUGUGGCUCGUACCGCCUGCGCGGCGUGCCGGAGCUUGUGGAGAUGUACGAGCUGCGCGUGGUGGAGGGCCGCGUGUUCUCGUCCAGCGCCGCGUACACCAACCCGCUGGUCGCGCUCGGCGAUGCAGGUGGCGUGGCCGGCGCCGACAACCCGAUGGUGAACAGCGAUGAUGACGACGACGACGAUGCGGCCUCUCACGCGCCUAGCAACCUGGGCCAGGUGGAGGAAGUGCUGAAUGUGUACUUUAGCGCGCACAGCGACCGGCAGAAGAUCAAGCUGCUGCAGCGCAACUGCAAGUAUUUCUCCCUGCCGAAGCUGCUGCGCAAGUCUUUCGCCUCCGACGAUGCGUACCUGAACGCGCUCAUCCAACUCGUUUCCGCACGCACGUCCGCCGUGAUCGACUUCAAGCACCGGCUGCAGGAGUCUGACGCGAUCGGUCCUUUGCUGGAUGUCGUGGGCACCAACGCAGAGGAGGCGUGUGCAAGCGGUGCCACCACUCCGGCAGGGUGGGAAUGGAACGCCGACCGUAGAUGGAUGAUGGGCAAUUCGUGCGCCCACAGCACCAAUGACACCGUUGGAUUCCUCUUAGACAGCAGUGUGCUGCGUAUGCAGGAUGGUGGUUGGGACACGUGUGAAACGGAUGGGCCGGUGAAGGCAGCACAGAAAGACCCGGUGGGCAGUCCUUGCGAUGCCGCUGACGUGGCAGAGCCACAGUACCUAAAUGGCAAGCCCGCCGUCAACGGCAACAGGAUCAGCACGUGCUUCGAGGAGGUGAACGGGAUGCUGUUCCGCGUGAUGGACACGACUGCGGGGCGCUGGGCGUUCUACAACGACACGAAGGACUUCGUCAUGCACGUGCACUUCUCCUUGGACGUGUCGAGCGUGGUGCAGUGGGGACCUCGUGUGGUCGAUGCGGUGCGUUACGUACCGGCGACAAACUGCUAUGAGGGUGAGCUUCUUGUAGCGCCCCUUGCAACGGAGAUCCUUCUGACUGGCAAGGUGAAUGGGUACAGCACACGCUACAGUGCGACGUUAGCUGAGGAUGACGACUAA